ACAGCGUCAUCAUGGCGGGAUGCAUGAAAUUGAUAGAAGAUUUCCACUGUAUGGCUGUUAAGCUGUUUGUUUUUGCCUUUAUACUGAAUUGUUUGCCCCAGCUAUCUCACCAGGCUACAGGUUCAAAUUCAGUUGUACAUCUCCAAGACGGUGCAGUACAGGUUUCCUCUGGGUCUAAAGUCUUCUGUUACAAAAAUACUAUUUCCCCAACAUGGAAACAUACAUGGACAAGGAUACAGGUCAAAGUGUGGAGUUCAAGGGGGUUUAAGGUGCACAUUGUGGAUGAUGAGGAGCAGCUACAGGAGCUGGAGCGCUGGAGUGUCUGGGGUUGGUUCCAGAGCUGGCUGCGUGAGAAGCACAAUGAAACGUCCAUCAACAUUAACCUCUUCAGCAAAAAGACAUGCAUCAAAAUUGACCCUGCGGAUGGAACUGAGUACACGCUCAAAACUCUGCGAAGGUUUGACAUCUAUCUGUUUUUGGUGUUCUUCACUGGAGGCUUGUUGUUCCUAUUUGCAGAUUCCCUCAGCAAAAGUCAAGUUUUCUAUUAUUCCACUGGUGUGAGCACUGGGAUGAUUGCCUCGCUCAUCAUCCUCUUCUUUGUGUUGUAUCGCUUUAUGCCAAAGAAAAGCCCUUUUUACCUUCUACUUGCCGGCGGUUGGUCAUUGUCAGUUUAUGCCAUCCAGCUCGUCUGCAGGAACUUGCAGACCAUUCUCAAAGAGCACUGGCACUUUGCUUUAGGCUAUGUGGCAGUUGUGGGGUUCAUCAGUUUUGCAGUCUGUUAUCGAUAUGGUCCCCUGGUGGAUGAAAAGAGCAUCAACAUCUUCUCAUGGACUCUGCAGUUGCUGGGACUGCUCCUCAUUUAUGCUGGCCAUCAAAUCCAGCCUGUGGCUUUUGCCAUUAUCGUGUCAUUGGUGUUAGCCAAAAACCUGGAUUACCCUGUCUCAUUCACACUUGUUUUGUGGAGAAAAAUGAGACGCUUGGUGAACUGGAAACCAGAGCCUCGUCGCCUGUUAACAGAGGAGGAGUAUCAAAGGCAGGGAGAGGAGGAGACUCGGCGCGCUCUAGAGGAGCUUAGGGAGUACUGCAAAAGCCCAGACUUCAACACAUGGAAGACAGUGUCCAGGCUGCAAUCCCCCCAAAGAUUUGCUGAUUUCAUUGAGGGCUCCUCUCACCUUAUGCCAAAUGAGGUGUCAGUCCAUUCUCAGGAGUAUGGAUUUGGAGGGUCAUUUUUUGAAGAAGAUAUUUUCGACACUGACGAUGAAGAUGACCUGAAACCCAUUAUAGAUCCAGAGUGACUUAAUGGACCCUGCUUAAAAAGGGAUCCACCAUCUUGGGAACACUGGGUACUACCGCAUGCAUUGGUCCAAGAAGUUUGUGUUGAUGAAUUUUGAUAAAAUGUUGGACUUUGUAAUCAGAAGAACUGGUUAAAUUCAAAGCCACAAGCCUGUUUUAUGUGGUGGUAUUUGAAUUUAGUUUUCAGGACCAGCAAAGAUGGCUUUUACUCUUGUAUUGUGUGAAUUCACUGGGAAUGGGAAGCGGACUUUGCUUGUACUAUCUAUUAUUCUGACAUGUAACUGGGAGGAGAUGAUUAUUUUAGGAUAUGGGAAUGCAUUUGAGCUGACUCCCUUUCCAUUUUCUGUUAUGUUUGAGCCGAAGACUUAUAAACAAAUAAUAUUUACACUUUUUACAAGAUAAGCAUAUUCAUUUUCAUUAAUUAAACAUAGACAUUUUAAUUUAAUGCAAUAAUAUGGUACAUUUUAGACCAAGUGUUAACAUCUUGGAGACAAGCAGGUGGUCUAAAUCAGACUGUGCACCUUUUUUUAAGAAUUCAGUUAUAAUAGAACCUCUAAAAUUGGUGUGUAAGUAUGUCCUUUUUACAUCUUUUCUGAUAAUUCAAACCACUUUUAGACAAUAUGACUUUUAGACAUGAAAUCGUAGCGCUUUCCUUUAUAUUACCAUGCAGCCUUAGAAAUAUGUAAUCUCUCAGUUGUCCAGGUAGGUUAGUGGUUCAUGGCUGUAUACUGUUCUAAAGCUAUUCAAGAAAGGUUCAUUUCUGUUCUAUGAACGUGACUUUUUAGUACGGAUAGAUGUGACAACAGUUUUAGUAAUAGUAUCUGAUUUUAGAUAUUUUUUAUACUUACAAAAUUGUGAGGAUUUCAGUUCAUGUAAAGAGUUCCAUCAUAUUAUUAUUUGCUUGUUAAAUGUUUUCAAUUUACCUGUGAAGCUGACAUUUAAUGGCUGUUGAUGUCUGCCAUCACUUGUUUUUGUUUAAAGAAGGGAACACCCCAGUAAUGUCAGCAACUGAACAGCUGAUACAGGUUAUAGUAUUUGCAUGUGUUUCCCCGUGUCUCAUUGCCAUAUUCGACAGUGGCAUCACAUUCACAUGGUACACCAUUUCCUAGUGCACUUCCUUUAACCCUGUCCCUGACCUCCCUUUAAUGCAAACAAACUCUACACAUGCAGAACUGGGGAAUCCCUGUUUCAUUAAGUUUACAGCCCACAGUUGCUGCCUCUGUCAGUGGCCUCAUGUAAAGUGUGGAUUUCCCCUAUUCACAAAGAACCAUGUUUCAACAGCUGAAUAUCUUCUCCACCUCUCGGGAUUUAAAAUGGGAAUGCAAACAUAGUAGCGAUUCCCAAACAUGUGCUGGCUAGUGUUACGCAAUAUUAACUUUUCCAACUCAAUCUUGAUACUAAGCAAUAGACUCGAUACUCAUUACUACUGAUUCCAAUAUCCUGAUAAUAUUAAAUACACUUUUUAAAUACACUUUUUAUUUAGACAAUAGAUUCAAUAUUAACAUGUGGUUUUAUAUAAUCUCUCAGUCAUACAGUUACAUUUCAGAGUGGUCUAUGGAUGAUGGCUGGAUACUUGUUCUGAUACACCUCAAAUCAUUAAGAUAUUUAGGAAAGGUUAA